UUUUAGGGGUUUAGAGUUUAGACCCAUUGGCUACCAGGAUUCCACACAAACACUGACCCUCGCUCCUCUCUCUUGCCGCCACCCUUGUCUUCGCCGCUUCCCGCCGUCGCUUGCCGGAUCGGAGUUUCACAGCCACCCCUGUCUCUGGCGUCGCCGUCACAGGCUUCAUCUCGCGGCUGCAGUAGUAAUCUUUCUCGAAACCAUUGAAGGCUAAGUGCUGCUGCUGAUAUCGAAUUGUUGGGAAAAUGAGACUACUAACACACAACAUGCUAUCAUCAAACAUAAAGGGCGUGGUGAAUGGAUUCCCACUGCGCAUCGAAGCAGUGAAAGUGGUGGAAAAGACGGUGGAAAUGAAUGGUGACUUCCUGAAAAAAAUGUUUGAUAAGAUUGAUUGGAAGGCUUUUGUGGUUGCAUCACAGGCCAUGGGAUACACUGAGCUACCUGAGGAGGCUGACUCUUCUAUGCUAGAUUCAAAUGAAUUCCUGAACAGGUUUCACCAUGCCCUCUUGGAACUCCACCUUGAAGAAGGCGCUCUUGUUUGCCCAGAGACCGGACGACGCUUCCCUGUCAGUAAGGGCAUUCCGAACAUGCUUCUUCACGAGGACGAGGUCUGAAUUUUGCUGUUAAUCCAUGAUCACCUUCCCCUGUACGAGCACCCUUCUCUGUUUACUAUGUUCUCUGUCACUAUGUAGUUAAAAAUGCUAGUACUGGAAAGAAUUCAACUUCAAUGGAUUUAUAGUUUUGAUCAUCAAGUUUGCUUUAUUUUGUUGACAAAUGGUGUAUUGUGUGGCUUUUUUGCUGGGCUAUUCAUGGAUAAUUUUGACUAUUUCCAGCUGGCAUGUUAGCUCAAAUUGCAUCAAGAGCAUCAAAGGCUUCUUGAUUUCGAUUA